CAUCAUCGUCAUCAUCAUCAUAAUCAUCAUCAGAAGCAGCGGCAGCUACAAACACACUUUGCUUGUAUCCUGAUUCGUAGGGUGGUAUCCCUAUAUUGGGGGUGCUUUUUUGCUUUUAUUUUUGUUGCUGUCUUAUUAGACUUAGCAGACUCCGAGGCUCUGUAAUCAUCUUUCGGUUUAGUUGUGAUUUUGCCGGUGUACCGUGAUGUCAUUGCGUCGCAAAACCUCACAGGAUCUUUUUAAAUUUCCAUACAAAUUUCUAUAAAUGUCACCAGCUGAAUUACUGUUAGUUUUCUAAGGAUUUUUCGAUUGUUAAUUUAUACUUCUAUACAACUUACUAUCAAAUGUAAUAUCGAAAAAAGGAUAUCAGUGUUACGAUGAAGAAAACAAAAAGGAUUCAUCAUCAGAGAUCCUUAUUUGACAAGAAAAAGAAUUUUAUGUGUGUAAAUCAGUGCGGGUCUAUUUCGUCCUUGAUUUAUGACCAAAAUGUGAAUGACAAGUGAAUUGUUCCUUGUUUUUUGUUUUCAUUAUUUUGCGUAUAGAAGAAUUGAUAUACUCCUCGUAUAAAAUAAACAAAGAAUAGAAAGAAAGAGAUUCUCUUUUGUCCUCGUACUUGAUUUCGAUAUAUCGAAAAAGGAUAAUAAUUCAAAGCUCAAUCUUGCUUCUUCUUUUUUUUUGAUUUUACGGUCGUGAUUGUCGUAGUCUUGUGUUCGAUUUUGUCGGAUUUUUUUCAUUUGAUUUUACAUUGUGCUAGUCCAGUUGGCUUGUGAACACAUUGCGGAAGAUCCUUCUGCACUUUAUGUUUUUUGUUUUUAUCUUCAUUGGUACUUGGUAUAGGAAAGCAAAUUCAACACAAACACACAGAAAAGGAUUAUCCCAUUUGGCAGGAGUAUCCUGAUCAUCUAUAUACACACAAAAGGAACAAAACCAAGUCCACCUAUAAUUUAUGUUUACAUUUAUAUCUAGUGCUGGUCACGUCCUACUGUGCAAAUGCGGAAUCCUUUAUAGAGGUGCAUAGAUACAGUAUUUAUAACAAAAACAACAACAAUAACAACAACAAAAACAACAGGAAAUCGUUGCAUUAACUUAUAUAUCCAAGGAGGAUGCUAUCCCUUGCAUGGCUGACAGUAUUUAUUAUUUUCGUAUAUGUUCCGGGUUCAACAUUAAAUGUCAUUGAGAGCUCCUCAUCUCUGUUGUUGUUGUCAAAAUCAGAUUCAGAAACAACAACUAAGCUAGAUAAAUCAUCAGUGGCAUUAGUAGGUUCGUCAUUAAUGCCAGGCGAUGAUGAUGAUGAUUAUGCAAAAGGAAAACUAAUUUUAAGAACAAAUAAUAAUAAUAAAACAGGAGAAGUAAUAGAGUUGAGUGAUAUCACAGCAGUAUCAGCAGCUAUCACUGGUAAUACGACAAUAGCAGCAAAGUAUCAGCAGCAAGAGUCCUUUAAACAGGAGGAACAAGCAGAAGUGUCAGACAACGCACAUUCCGUUAUAACAAAAGAUCCAUCACCAUCAUCGCCAUCAUCAUUAUUAUUAUCGUCGUCGCCGAGUUUGCUGAACAUUGAAUUGACACAGGCAACAACUUCAACGACAAAUACACCAACGCUUACGCCAACGCCAACGUCGACGACAACUACUUCGGCUAUAAUACAACGGACAACCACGACGAAGGCAGCAACAACAACAACAAUAAAAACAAAAGCAACAACAGAGACAGCAAUAAGAACGUGGAAUAAUUUAAAUGAUUACGGAAAUAGCAAAAAUAACAAUGGCCGAAGAAGUAACAGCAUUUAUGAGCAACAUCAGCAAACACCACAACCACCACCGUUGCCGCCACCCUCGGCACAACAACAAAACCGGCAACACUUACAGUUAGCAUUAUUCUCGGAAACGCAGUCGUCGCCAUCGUCCUUGUCGUCGUCGUUGAGUCCUCAACAUGAAUCAAGGAAUACAGCAACUGUCCUGCCUUUGCAAUUAACGCAAGCUAUUCAAAAUACGGCGAGUGUAAUCAUUCGCGGUAAUAGUUUGAAUUGGGGGUAUGUGGAGCUGGCUUCAAGUGAUUCGCCUCCAUACUCAAUAUCAACCCUCUCCCGGACAGAAAUGCCAGCAAUAACAGCAGCAACUCGACUGCCACUUCGAGCAGCAGUCUCCCAGCCAUCAUCGACAUCAUCAGCAGCGUCAUUUGUGCUAUCACUGUCACCGGGUUCGUCGUCGUUUUUGUCCUCAUCUGAAUUGCCAUUAAUGUCGUCCUCGUACUCGUCGUCGUCGCCACCAAUGCCGUUGUCGCCAACGACUUCGACUUUGUCAGCGUCGAUGUCGUCGUUGUCCACUACUUCAACUGCCAGGACAACAACAUCUACAACGACACCAAAGUCGCCGUCUCUAUCAUCUUCGGACGGGUAUCUAAAUAUAACCAGCCAAGCUGGCACCCAUGCCUAUCUACCGUGCAAUAUCUUAAAUAAUUUCUUUGAGUGUAAGAGGCAAUUCUUGUCGGAUUUAGUCCUGGCCAGUGGGGCAAUGGGCAAUAACGCCGCCGCGGAUAAACUGAAUAAUAGCAGUUAA